UAUCCCCUUCAUCCACAUCACAACACCCACCCAUCCCUCGUUUCAAAAAAAGGGCCGUUAUUGUUGUUACCAUCCAAAAAAUGGCCGGUCUUGUUGUUUCUUCCCAAUGCUUUCUCAAACUCUUGCUUGUAGUUUCAGUCUUUCAUGUUUCCUUUGCUGCUAGGAGGUUGAAUGAGCUGGUUCAGGACCAGUCUCAGUUGCUCCAUUACCACAAUGGUCCUCUUCUAUACGGCAAAAUCGCCGUCAACCUCAUCUGGUAUGGUAACUUCAAACCAUCCCAAAAGGCUAUCAUCACCGAUUUCGUUACCUCACUGUCAUCCCCAGCGUCUCAGAGCAGCCAACCCUCUGUUGCCACGUGGUGGAAAACCACGGAGAAGUACUACCACCUGAGUCCCAGGAAGGCUUCUCUCUCCCUCUCUCUCGGCGAUCAGAUUCUCGACGAGACAUACUCGCUGGGGAAGUCACUAACCGGCAAGAACCUCGUCCAGCUGGCUUCCAAAGGCGGACAGAGGAACUCCAUCAACGUUGUUCUGACAUCCGCUGAUGUGGCGGUCGAAGGUUUCUGUAUGAGCCGAUGUGGGACCCACGGCUCUUCCGCUUCUCAUCUGAAGAAGAACAGCAAGAGCUACAAGUUCGCCUACAUCUGGGUGGGAAACUCCGAAACCCAAUGCCCGGGGCAAUGCGCGUGGCCAUUCCACCAACCCAUUUAUGGGCCCCAGAGCCCACCCUUGGUUGCUCCCAACAACGAUGUGGGACUUGACGGAAUGGUCAUAAACCUCGCCAGCCUCCUUGCCGGAACCGCCACCAACCCCUUCGGAAACGGCUACUUCCAGGGUCCCGCGGAGGCUCCGCUCGAAGCCGCGUCGGCGUGCCCUGGGGUUUAUGGGAAAGGGGCUUACCCUGGUUAUGCUGGGGACUUGCUGGUUGACUCUACCACUGGUGCUAGCUACAAUGUAAAGGGGGCUAAUGGGAGGAAGUACCUUGUUCCUGCUCUGUAUGAUCCUUCUACGUCGUCUUGCUCAACGCCCGUGUGAUCAGAAGGGUUAUUUUGGUGAUGCCGAUCGUUCUGUUCCAUGCUGCUACUACGAUGAUGUUAGAAACCACGGAUUAGGGAGGUGUACAAAGCUUCUAAUAAACAUUUUUGUAGAAUUAUUUCAUUUAUUUGUUUGUUUAUACUAUCUUCUGGAUAUGUACGCGGAUUAAGGAUGUUAUGUAGUAGAAGCAAAUGUUCUUCCCUUUGCUUUUUAAUAUUAAAAAAUUUAUUUUUAUUACUCUUCACCAAAA